AUGGCACGGCAGGAUGAAGAAGAUGAUCCGGAAGUCAUCCAAUGCAACUGCGAAUACCUCGCGGCGUGCUACGGACUCCAGAUGCUCUUCUUCUUUCUCGUGGGCAUCCUUGCGGUCCUAGCUGCCAUGAGUGUCACGACGGCAGCCAUUGCGGGAACUGAGAGGCCCAUGGCCGCCAUGCUCUUCGGCUUCGCCUUGCUUUCUGAUGCGAUAGGGCUGACCAUCCUAACCUCCCGGUGCCUCUACUGCCGGGCGCACAAGGUCGUGAAGCCGUGCCAGCAGCUACACCUCAGGAACGUGCCCGCAUACAUCGGGCUUGCCCUGGUGACCAUGUCCUCCGCCAUCGCCGUUGCCUCCGACGCAUUGUGGGGGCUCGUGGACUUCCUGGACAUCGCCGGCGCGGUGCUUUUGUUCUUGGCAGUUCCCCUGUCUAAACCCCGAGGCAACUACAUCGACGUCGAGGACGAAGAGAGGCCCACGGAUCCGCAAGUCCCACAUGCACAGGAAGCUACAGGAGAACCCACAGGAAAUGAUGUAAAUCAACCCACAGGAGAACCCAUCUUUGUAGAGGCUGUUGUGGUGGGACAGGCGGGCCCCACGUGA